GGCGUCAACAAAAACACUGGUCGGAAGAUCCACUUUUCUGAGGUACUGUAUGUGGGGCUCCGUUUAUUGAGGUGCGUUGAAAUUUAUUCUCUUUAUCUUAUUAUUUCUUUUCUAUAAUUUCCCCAUAUGAGUUCCUAUCAGUUGCUGUGAACACCUUGAGUGGAGAGCGCUUGCUCGAGCGUUGAACCGGGUUCUUAAUCCACCAUACCCAGUUCGCAAGGCUGGGCGGGGUUGUGAGCAGGCUUUCAUUUCAUCUUUUCUUAUUAUUUCUUAUUAUUUCUGCUUUUCAUCUCAUUACAAAAAUUCUGCGCUUUUUCUCCAUCUGCGCAUAAAAUCUAGACUGACAACCUGCUUGUUAAAUCAUGCACCUGCUUUCAGGCGUAAAAACCCUGUUGUAGAGGUCUCAGUCCUCAUUUGUUAGACUUACCUGUCUUUAUAAAUGUAACUUACUCCAGUUCCAAAAAAUUACGCCUCGGCGUUUUCACAGGCUUUUGAGAUUAGCUCUCUCCUGAGUCUUUUAAAUUGCUUCAAGUUCAAAUAGGAAAAAUGCCACCCAUGGGCUCCGAAAGGGGGAGGAGGAUGAAGCCCUAGACACUACGCACGCACCACACGAACACUCUGUGUCCCUGGACGAUUCUGCUGCGCCAUAUGACGAUCCGUUGGGUUUGACCUCAAGCCAGCGGAAGCACUCCAGUACACGGCAUGACACAGGUGAACAUCAUACAUGUCCGAAAUGUCACACCACCAUCAAACAAGAACAUAACCUUGCACGACAUAUGCGGACUAACAAAUGCAAAACAUUGGCUGCAUCGCAGGCUGGAGCUGUGUCAGCAGUCUCUGCAUCACCACCACACGAGACUCCAAUGACUUUAGAGGCAAGUACACCAACCAUUACACCAUCAGACCGGGAAACAACAUGUCCACACUGUUUGAGAAAACUCAAAUGGAAACAAAACUUGCCACGACAUCUACAGACCUGCCCGGUCUACAAAUCACUUUCAACCACCUCAGCCAAAGCAGACGGCAGUAGCGGGGAUGGUCGGACGACUUCCAUGAUUGAUUCAAUGCACUUCAGCCCAUCUGUAGGUCAGACAAUGACUCCUGGAGAUGAAUUGCGAACAAUCCCGCACGAAUCCACUCCCUGUCAUAAUGAGUCUUUACUUCAUGUCCUGAAUCAACGGGACAUGGACAAGGUAGAAGUCCGGCAGUCCCUACUGCUACCGUCAGCCAAAAACACCAAGGCAUGGCACACAAUAAACGCUCAGUUGAAGAUCCAUCUCACUCAACAUUUCCCAACCUCAUACCUCAAAAACACUAACAUCGAAGAGACUCUGGACAAACUAGAGAACUUCAUUCACUGGUUUUUCGACCAGAAACCACCACCACCUCCACCAAAACACAAGAAUGCAAAUAAAAACCGUGCAGUGGAAAAACUCCGGGCUCACAGGCGUGAUUUAAAGCGCCAAUUUCGUAAGAUCAAAAACCCGGACGAAGUACCUGCAGCGCUCAGAAAUGAGUAUUUUUCAAUUGGAAAACAAAUCAAGCGUCUUUUGAAACAACAAAAGAUGUACGACGAUCGAUCCCGGAACAAGAGGGACCAGGAUGCCUUUCUCAAGGACCCAUAUGCCUUCGGAAAGAAAUUGUUUCAACCAACCAACCAUGUCAAACCCACUUUCUCUGACACUACCUGCUUUGAGUACUUCCAACACACAUAUGCAGACCAGGAUCGUGCCACUUCGUACGAAUCCUGCCCCAGUGCAGGGAAGCCCCGGGAUUGCACCCACCCAGUCGAUGAGGGGACCCCUACAUGGACUGAAUUUCAGAAUGUUUUGAAGAAGUGUCGCAACACCUCUGCACCGGGUCCUGACAAGAUACCUUACAUAGUUUGGAAGCUUUGUCCCUCCCUUCAAUCCAUUCUUUUCACCAUCUUUGGGCGGGUUUGGGAGAGCAAGAUCAUUCCAAGGCAGUGGCAGGUAGCGUGUAUCACACUCCUGGCCAAGGGGGAGGUGUCUGAUGAUCCUUCGAAAUUCCGACCGAUUGCUCUAGCGAACACGUCCGGGAAGAUCUUUUUCACCUUAGUUGCAAAGCGCCUCUUGAAACAUAUGCUAGGCAAUAAGUUCUUCGAUGGUGACAACCAGAAAGGAUUUAUGCCUGCAAAGGCUGGGUGCUUAGAGCAUACAUCACUUUGUUAUGAGGCGAUGCGUGAUGCAAAGACGGCAAAACGCCAAAUUUGCAUUGCGUGGAUAGAUUUGAAGAAUGCAUUUGGUUCAGUGCGCCACAAUCUGAUACAGUAUGCUCUAACCCACUACAGCCUUCCUUUGCAAUUCAGGAAAUUAAUUUUUUCCUACUACGACAGUCUUUGCGCUUUCGUCGUACAACCACACACACCCACCUUUAAUUACAACAUUGGUGUUUUCCAGGGGUGCCCCUUGUCCCCGGUCCUUUUCAAUAUUUGUUUCCAGCUUCUGCUGGACUCACUUGCAGCCCCUGAAUUAAGUUGCCUCUCCUAUGAUUUUAAAUCUGCCCCUUUGCAAGUGUCCCAAACAGCUUUUGCUGAUGACUUAGGCCUCUAUAGCAAAUCUAGUGCAGGUUGUCAAAAACUCAUUGCGGUCACGGAGGACUUUCUCUCGUGGACCCAAUGUAUGCAGGCGGCGCCGCACAAAUGCAAAAGCAGUGCAGCAAAGCUUGUAGAUGGCCGGUACAAACCUUACGAUCCCUGCCUGACAAUGUCAGGGAGGAAGAUCGCUUUCAUUGACAUCACACAAGGUUUUGUACGUGAACUGCACUUUAUGUGUUUACCAUUUCUGAAGAAAUGGUCAGGCCUACCUCGAUGCGCAAACUCUGCCAUUCUUUUUAUUGGCAGUCGCAAACGCUUUGGCUUACGCCUCCACUACCUUCCUACGGUGUGGAAAAAGUGCCAGUCCAUCAAAUGGCACAUUCUUCGAUCGAGUGGGGACGCGCGCAUGAGGGCGCUGUACACUCUGCGUCGGAGUAAGGAUGCGAAGCUGACAAAGCGAUAUGCGGCGACAAUAGAGCUGGAGUGUGCAGAGGCAUCAGUAGGUUCAGGGACUCUCCGUCCACCGUCAUCUUCAAGUCAUCGUGCAGGGUUGGGUGCUCCUGCUCCGAAGCAGCAUUCCAAACCCCCGAGGAAGGAUCUCCUUCAAACAUUUGAGGAGAUCAACGCGCAGGAGCAGAUUUUGAGGCUGAAGACUCUUCAGGUGCAAGGCAAGUGGUUGGAGUGGACAUCGGUGAUGUGGCAGGACCUCUCGUGGAAAUCCCUUUUGUACGGUGGUACUGGUAAGGAUUUGAAAUUUCUUCUCGCAUCAACCCUCGACGUGCUACCUUCUCCGACGAACCUACGCCGUUGGGGAAACACCGUAGUGGAUCCGUACUGUAGUUUGUGCCGUACCUGGGCCUGUACUACGCGCCACGUGCUUGGCGCUUGUCGCGUAGCGCUGGACCAGGGACGUUACACCUGGAGGCACGACAACGUACUCGGGGUCAUCGUCAGGAACAUGCGUGAGGAGAUUCGAAUCCGCACUGCUGCAAACACCGUACAAACCGAAAAUUCAAAUGAGCUUGACUUCAUCUCGUUUUGCAAGGCGGGAGAGAAGCCAGUUCGCGUUCAGCCCAGACGAAAGUUGGUUACGACUGAUCUCCUGUCAGCGGCCUCAGACUGGAAACUUCUUGUCGACUCAGUUAGUGCAAAGAUUUCUUUCCCUAGCUGUGUUGCACUUACCACCCUAAGACCAGAUAUGGUUCUGUACUCUACGAGUCGUAGGAUUGUAUUCUGGAUGGAGUUGACAGUUUGUGCUGAGGACAGAUUCAGUGUCAGUAACUCGCGGAAGGACAGGCGGUAUGCGGAUCUGGCCGAUCAAUGCCGAGCAAACGGGUGGCAGGUCGUUUCUUUUUCGGUUGAGGUAGGUGUGCGUGGUUUCAUCCCGGACUCUCUUCGGAGGGCUCUGAAAGCGCUUGGAUUUUCUAAUCGAAGAAUAAAAUUUAUUUGUAAUUUGUGCAGUAAGACGUCUCUGCGAAGCAGCUACAUCAUCUGGUUGCGGCGUCAACAAAAACACUGGUCGGAAGAUCCACUUUUCUGAGGUACUGUAUGUGGGGCUCCGUUUAUUGAGGUGCGUUGAAAUUUAUUCUCUUUAUCUUAUUAUUUCUUUUCUAUAAUUUCCCCAUAUGAGUUCCUAUCAGUUGCUGUGAACACCUUGAGUGGAGAGCGCUUGCUCGAGCGUUGAACCGGGUUCUUAAUCCACCAUACCCAGUUCGCAAGGCUGGGCGGGGUUGUGAGCAGGCUUUCAUUUCAUCUUUUCUUAUUAUUUCUUAUUAUUUCUGCUUUUCAUCUCAUUACAAAAAUUCUGCGCUUUUUCUCCAUCUGCGCAUAAAAUCUAGACUGACAACCUGCUUGUUAAAUCAUGCACCUGCUUUCAGGCGUAAAAACCCUGUUGUAGAGGUCUCAGUCCUCAUUUGUUAGACUUACCUGUCUUUAUAAAUGUAACUUACUCUCUCUCUCUCUCUCUCUCUCUCUCUCUCUCUCUCUCUCUCUCUCUCUCUCUCUCUCUCUCUCUCUCUCUCUCUCUCUCUCUCUCUCUCUCUCUCUCUCUCUCUCUCUCUCUCUCUCUCUCUCUCUCUCUCUCUCUCUCUCUCUCUCUCUCUCUCUCUCUCUCUCUCUCUCUCUCUCUCUCUCUCUCUCUCUCUCUCUCUCUCUCUCUCUCUCUCUCGCUCUCUCUCGC